AUGUCGGAAACCAUUGAACAUAUUUUCUGUGAAUGUAUCUGGGCUAGACGGCUUUGGGGUGAAGACGACGUACUUCAAGGACGUUGUAUGCAGAGUUUGAUGGAAUCGGUUUUGAGCAGGUCAAACAGGGAGAGGGCUUUCAAAUUGGCUGCCAUAAUCUGGACUAUUUGGAUCGCACGGAAUGAGAUCAUUUGGAGGCAAGCUUCACUAUCAAUAGAGAGUCUUCGUGGCCAAGUUGAGAGGCUGCGAAUAAUGUGGAAGGAUGCAUUCAUCACUGAUAGGCAACGAGUGGUCGUCCAGGCAUGCGUGUCUCGUUGGAUACUACCACCGCAUAGUACACUGAAGUGCAAUGUGGAUGCAGCUCUGUUUGAAGACGGGGUAGGUUCCGGAGCGGUAGUUCGAGAUCACGACGGUCACGUUGUCGCAGUACGAAGCGGUAAAAUUGUAUGUGACCGCGAUCCUUUCAUGGCGGAAGUUGUAGCAGCUAAGGAAACGUUAGUCUGGUUGACAGGGCUACAACGGUGUCGUAUUAUUCUAGAAUCAGAUUGUUUAAAUUUUUGUAAUGCUUUCAAUUCUCGUUUGGUAGAUUAUUCGUAUGUAGGUCUGGUCAUUAAGCAAUGUGUGUUGCUUGCUAGAGACAUAGGGACGUCCAAGUCCAACAUGUCAAGAGAACAGCGAACCGAGUGGCUCAUGAACUUGCCCGGGCAACUGGUUCUUCGUCUGUCUCAAAGUCAAGAGAACAGCGAACCGAGUGGCUCAUGA